GGGCAAACGACGUCGAAUCAAGUCGACCAAGGGGUGUACGAGUGGACCGUGCCGCCGUACCGCUGAGCGCUACCAACGGCCGUAGUUCGCCUCCCUCGCGGCGGCGUUGGAGGAGCUAAAUCGGGAGCCUGGGCAGGCGGCGAGCGCGCGUGCGCGAGUUCAUGUCACCGAGCACCCCUCGGAGCGACGGAAUGGGCGCGCCCUGCCCGGGAAAAUGAACCCAACAAAGAGCGCGAGCACGCAGCCCGACGCGGCGAGGCAGGAAUCCUACGGAGGAAGCACGACGCGGGUGAAGGGAGCGAUCGAGAACACGUAAACAUACGGUUCUGACUCACGCACGGCUACGUUUCUCUCGUGCCGCGCUUCGAUUGGCUUGUUUACGCGACGGCUGCCUCUCCUCUGUUUCAUACUUACGUUCUUUUUUUCUUCCUAUUUUCUUUUCUACGCGCGCGCUAUCCUCGUCGGUGUUCGCGGUACGUUUGGCGGCAUAUUUGUUUUAUUGGUUUAAUGAAGCACACCAGCAGUGCGCUUGGCCGGCUUGGCCUCGGCAGCGUCGACUGCUGCUGCUGCCGGCGUGCCGCUGGUGCCGUCCCUUUUCCCCUCCCUCCACGACCGCGGACGGACGAGCGCAUUCGGGAAUGUCUCGAGGGGAGGUAGGAAGGCCAGGAGCGUGCGAGGUGCGUGUUCGUGACGUCGUCUCAGCUGAAGCGGUGACGUGAGCAGGCCGGCGUGCGUGCCGCCCUCCCAGGGUUCGCUUGCAGCCGACGGCGGGAAGGGGGGAAAACGCCGCGCGUGCGCACAAGUUCCCGGCUGGCGCGGGCUCCAUUUUGCAGCGCCAAGGAACUGUGUGGUGUGUGUGUGUACGCGUGUUGUUUUGCUGCCGCUUUUAUUUUCCCGUGCGGGGCGGCGUUAUUUUUUUUUGUCUGUGUAUUAUUCCCAACGUCGUCGUCGGGUGUUGUUGUGCAUGCGUGUGGUGUUGCGGCCGCUACGGUGUGAUUCACGGGACACCCUGGGGCCGAGCGUUGCGCCCCAUGGUCAAGAUGUCGACACUCAUGUCUCGGGCUCACCGGCAGCACUGCUACCUGUGCGACCUGCCGCGAAUGCCGUGGGCGAUGCUGCACGACUUCUCGGAGCCCGUGUGUCGCGGCUGCGUGAACUACGAGGGCGCCGAUCGGAUCGAGGUGGUGCUCGAGACCGCACGGCAGAUGAAACGGGCCCACGGAUUCCCGGACACGCGCCCGGUCUUCAAGGGACUGAACGGGGCGCCGCCCGACGUUCACCGCGCCGCGCCGCCGCCUCCGCCGCCGCAGGGACCGCUCGGCCCGGUCAUGGACAGAUUUGAGCGGCGCAGCGCCAUGCUCGAGUACAGCCAGCGGAUGCGUGCCGCCGCGGCGGCUGAUCCGCGGGCACAGGCGGCCAGUUUGGCCUGCAAGCGCGAGCGCGACGAAGACGACGCCGGGCCCACGGAGCCGCCCAAACGGGCCGCGACUUUGGACGAGACCGGCGCUCCGCCCGUCCGACCGCCGCUCACAAGAGGCGAGUCCCUGCCGACGGCCGUGAUGGGGGUGCCGUUCGACGUGCGCUACAAGAAGGAACAUGCCAUGGUGGGACGGGUGUACUCGUUCGACGCCGCCACCUCCCUCAAGAACGCUCCAGGUUACCCCAGCGUCUGCACCGCUCCCAGUUCGACGGCCAACUCGCUGUCUCCGCUGGGCACACGGUCAGCGCAGUCGCCCGACAGCGGAGGCACCGGCGGCCCCGCCGGCGCCGCCGCGUCCCUCCAACAACACAAUGGCGGUCCGAUGACUCUGGUCGCCGUCACCGAAGCCAUGACGCCGUCUUCGCCCCGCAACGGGGUGUCACCGGCCGACUCGGCGCCGACGUCAUCCACCAGGCCGAGGCAGUCUCCGCCCGUCUCCGCCACCGGGCACAAGAAGACGUCGCGCCACGCGCCGCCGCCGCCAGGGGCAGUGAGCGGCGCUGGCGUCGCCAGCGCGCCGGAUGCCGACACGGGCGCCAUAUCGGCGCCCACGUCAUCUUCGUCAUCCGCGGGCGAAAGUUCGUCUGCCGCCGCCGCCGCCACCCUCAAGUGCACGCUGUGUCAAGAGCGGCUCGAAGACACCCACUUCGUGCAGUGUCCGUCCGUGGGCCAGCACAAGUUUUGCUUCCCUUGCUCGAGGGACAGCAUCAAGAGUCAGGGCGCGUCGAGCGGGAGCGAGGUCUACUGUCCGAGCGGCGAGAAGUGUCCCCUCGUCGGCUCGUCGGUGCCCUGGGCCUUCAUGCAGGGCGAAAUUGCGACCAUCCUGGGCGACGAGUACAAGCUCGCCAAGGGAGCCGACACCUAAGCCGCCCGUGGGGGGCGGUUGGAAGGCCCCGUUGCUCUCUGGUUACGUUUUUGUCUCGCUGUGGUUGCAGCACUAGCAGCCUCACACCCCCUGCCAACCAUUGCUUGCUUCUCCGUUUCCCCGAUAGGAGGAGGGGGAGGAGGAUGGCGGUUGGCAACCGUUGUCCAGUGGUUUCCGGUCCGCGUGUUUUUGUCCCCUCGGAGGGGGCGUCCACCAUGCACGACGAAAAAGAGUUCAACCUCGUCUCUUGUACCUCCCCGUCUGUGGACUGCUGUCGCGCGGCGGGCCAAGUUGUUUCCGUCGAGCUGUUGAAGGGUUCUCCGGGCGCGACUUGCGAGGAAGCCGGGAGUGCCCGAAAGCGUCGAUCGCGUUGGUGACCGGUGGUGGCUUUUGGCCGAUGGUCCAUUUUGUCGGUUGCAGGAGUGGACUUUGGGGAACUGCUUCUGUACGCCGCCGCUGGUCAAGAUGUCGCGCUCCCGUGCUGUGCCCCGGUGGAGCUUGUGUGUCGUCCGAGACCCACCUUGUAAAUAAUAAUAAUAAAAAACAAAAAAGUCCACGAAA